AUGCAGAUGCCUUGCUCCAUGACCAAGGGUGUCAAGUUCGAUCCGGUCAUCACGAGCUCCUCCUCCACCACGAUCCCUCUGGCCCGCGAGCAUGCGAACCUUGAUCCGGACCUGAUUGUCGAUGACCUGCAUCGCAACUCGACUCGCCGCUUCGUUUCGACAGUACAGCCUGAGAAGCUACCUCAAACUUACAAGCACAUCCGCAGGCUACUACCCGCCCCACACCAUGACAUUAGCAGUGCAGACCCUUCUUGA